CGCUGAUGGGCAGAGCCAGCAAGCGAGACGCCUCCUACACGCGACAACAGGGCUCCGGCAGCUACAUCCUGCUAGCCCCCAAAUCACAGAACACUAAUGCUCCAAAGAGGACAGCGAUAACGGGGGCUCGAGAGACUUCGACUGCACCUAUUCGACAGGUCCAGCAUUCGUCAGUUGCGCUAAUAAGCUCAAUGGAGGCAACGUUUCAAGAAUUCAAUAGGCAAGUGGCCAUGACGCUACUGGGGCCACAACCAGUGCAGUCAUCCAGUCGGAUUGAAGAGUCUCAGCAGAGGAAACCUCGACCGGCACUGGCUCCUAAGUCCGUACAUAAGCCUCGACCUGCAGUGACGCCCAAGCCCAUACAGCAGCCUCGCCUGGGAGAUAAGCGAUUGCGAGAAGAGGACAGCACAAGAGCAGUGCAAGAGGAGAGAGACGACAAAAGCGCGCAUAUCCUGAUGCCCAACUUAAGCAGAGCCAAAUUACUCUGUCGUCUUUGUAGCAAACGCGGUCUUAAGACCCGAUCACGCUACGGCUGUGUGCAGUGUCGUCUGGGCUUCCACGUCGAGUGUUUCGCUGUCUUCCACCACCCCGAGCGAUACGUCACGAAUCCAUCUGAAAGUGUGCAAGACGCGCUGGAUGUCAUCAACGGCAUUUCCAGAUCAGCAACACGACGGCGCGAGAACAACUCCAUCAUGUCAUUCGACCGGCUCACCCUGCCUACAUCGUCUGACAUUCAAGAAAUUUAGAACCCUCUAAAAAAAAGUAUCCAUAUCUGAAUUCUAAUAAAAUUAUCCGGCUAUACACCAUCUGGCAAA